GAUAAGGGCGGCGGAGCUUUUUCUGCGCGGAGAGCGGCCAGUCGACCGUCGCCGUCGAGGUGCGAAGAGCCUCUCCCCGUUUUCGACGAGGUCGAGCCGCUCUCCCAAAUCGCAGCUCCCGCACUAAAUUUCGGUCGCGGCAGAGGAGCGAGUAGCUUUUCUCGCAGGUUCGUCCACCGCCGAUGACGAUGGCCAACUCGGGCUCGAACGCGACCGACGGAGUCGUCGGCGAGAGCGACGGCCAGACGACCGGAAUCCCGGGCUCCAGAAACCCCCUCAUCUGUGGCAUAUGUCACGACUACUACAGAGAGCCCUGUCUUCUCACCUGCUUUCACACCUUCUGCGCCCGAUGCCUACGCGGACAAAACUUAGACAGCAAAGUCUCCUGUCCAAUCUGCGCGCAAGUAACAAUGCUGAAGGAAGGCGCGCACCUUCCUCCUACGGACCAACUGAUGCGGCAGUUGGUGGAGCUCUCGAAUUCGGAGAAUCCUCCCUGUGCCAAUUGCGACAAGAGAGACAAGUCAACCAUGUUCUUCUGCACGACUUGCGGUCAAGCACUCUGCAACCAUUGUCGGGAACACACUCACCGAGCGAAGAUGUUCUCGACCCACGAGGUCGUUCACAUGAGCAAGUGUGCGAAAGACACCCAACGGCGAUGUCCAAGCCACGGAGAACAUUACAUAAUGUACAGCCAGAGUGCCAAAUGUAUGCUCUGUGCAACCUGUUUUCGGGAAACGCCGCCAGACUCUCGACUCCACUGUGUGGACAUCGACCUGGCCUGGCAACAAGCCUCCAAGAAGAUAGAGCGAGCCGCGAAUUCUAUUUGCGAGAUUCAAAUUGGCGUCAAGGAUGGACUGCUUGCUUUGAAAUCCCAACUUGAUGAGCUCCGCCACAGCCUUGACUCGGAGAAGCGAACCCUGAAUGUAUACUGCCAAGGAAUGCAGGACGUAAUCAACAAGACCCACAACACGGUUUUGGCUGAUCUCCAGCGUCAAUUUGAAUCCAAGGAAAGAAUGGUUCGGACUCAGCUCCUCUCCCUGGGAAGUGCUCUUCCCGUUCUCCAGAUGCACCUCAUGCUCUGCACGGCCUUCACGAGUGGAGCAACGAAGUAUCAAUUUCUCGAGUUGGCUCAUCCGAUGUUGGAGAGAUUAGGAAGAGUUGCUCAACUUGGUCACCCCUCGAAACCUCCAAUGCUUGCUGCACAUCUGAAGAUCAAUUAUAGGAAUGAAUUUGUCAGAGCUCUACAGCCUUACAUGAGCCAGAGCCAAGGCCAAGGACAGCCUUUGAAGGACUCAGUCUAUGAUCUGACUCACAAUAUGACACAAGAUUCGCAAUUCAUUCAGAAUAUCAAACCAUCGAGGUUACAGCAACCCUCCAAGACUCCGCCGGAUUCAGGUCAUUUCUCUAAUCAUUGUCGAAGUUUCGACACACAACUGAAGGAAUUGAGUCAGCAGCUCAUAACCGUAAAAGAACGGUUGGGUGAACUCCACCGGGAUGUUGCUCUUCUUCGAAGGGCAAAUACCCCUCCCGUGGGAUCUCGAUUCGAUCAUGUCGCUAGGGACUGUAGAAUCCUCGAACAACAACUCGAUCAUCAUCAAGCCGAACUUGAGCGUCUCAGGGGAGUCUUUGACACUAUUUGGGAAGAGCAACUUUGUAGAAUACACAUCGAAAAAGAGAUCUUUCAUUCGCAGAUGAACGAUAUUCUCUCGCUGAGGAGUGAAGUGAAGCAGCUUCAGACAAUGGCUCAGCAGCUCGAACCCUUCGUGAAAUCAUUCUCAGCCGGUAUGAGUGCGGGAGAAAUCAGUGCUGCAGCACAAGAUGCUGCGGGCCAUCAGCAUCUGCAAGUUCUCCUUGAUCAUCUGGCUCGACUGCAAAUGCAAGAACCUCCUCAACCUCAAAACCCUGCCCCAACUAAAGACUGCCGAUAUCCUCGAAAUUCUACUCCGUCUGCUGACAAUGCGUUAUACAUGAAAGAAUCGAAAGAAGUUCCAACACGAUGUCGCACACCUUCGGGAGGAAUGGGAGCAAUUUUAGACUCCAGUGGCAACAUCGUGGUCUACGGAUCAGCAAAGCCAGACGGAAAACGAGGAGUACUUAGUCAAUUGAUAGAUAAAGCAAGAACGAGGGAAGACAGGAAAAAAUCUCCUGGAAGGGAGGAAGGUCGCGAUCGAAGUCAAACUCGUCAUUCCCGAAAGUCUCCAGAAAGUCAGAAGCCCAAAACACCUCCAGGGCACUCGAAAGUCCGAUCAUUUUACCGUUCCUUGAAAGGAAGUACUGGUGAUAAUUCCGCUGAAGCGAUCGAUCAACCAGAAAGGGGGGAAAGAGGGAAUGAUCAGCAGCAACAGAAUCAACAAUGUGGUAAUGCAGACGAGUGUGAAUACCAGAGGAUCUCCGAGGCCUCGACCCUAGGUGAAGCCAAAAAACGAGUCCAAGCUCAAGUUCAUCCAGUGCCUGCAGAUGAGAAAAAAAGCUCUCGAAAAAGCCCGAAAGUAUACCCAGUCAGCGACUCCGAGGAGCUUUUCUACUCCAGGGAAGAGGGCAACGCCAGAAGGCGAAGACGAGCCAGUUGCGACAGCCUUAGCAUCACUGGCUCCGAAAAUAGCAUUGCCGAUGCAUCGGUGGGUCGAUCGGCGCAGGACCCCAGGAAAACUCUGGUAGUGUUGAUUGGACGGAGAUCAACCUCUUCAUCUCUGGUGCAGAAACAGCGUUCGUGGGAGACCUUUCCGGGCCCGAAGAAGAGGAGUGGAAGCGAGGGCAGCGCCCUGGCCCAACUAAAGAAGGCGGAUAGUUUCGAAGGCCACGAGGAGGCGGUGCGCACUCUGGUGGCCGCGGUCCACGAAACGCGAUCUCAACUCCGGCAACAUCAUCUCCAUCACCACCGUCACCAUCGCAAAAGCAAAACCAAUUAACGAAGAAGGAAUAUUUUUUUGAAGUAAAUUUUUCUGCCCCUUUUUUUACCCGAUGGAAUUUUACUCGUUCUCAAUUUUUAACCCAAAGUAUUUUCUAGAUGCGAGCGUUUUAUAUUCUGCAAUUUUGAGACGAGGCCACUCUUAUCAGAUCGUGAACAAUUUUUUAUCUUUUAUUUGAAAGGUUCCAUUUUCUUUUAAUUUCGAAGCAAAAAUGUGCCUUUUUUAUGGAGAACCUUUACUGAAUCAAGAACAUUUUUAAUCCUUUCAUGCGCAACAGUUCAAUAGCUCAAUGUUAAAAGAAUUCUGUUGAAUUCUUUCUAUUCUUGUGAGUUCUUUGAUAUUGUAAGGAAUGGUUUUUAACACUUUCAAAUUUUAUUAAAUUUUUUGACUUCCAUCAAAUCUUCCGAAUUCCUCUUAAUUCCCUGACUUCUCUCAAUUCUCUAAAUACUGUAAGUUUUGUAAAGUCACUGAAUUCCUUAAAUUGCAAUAACUCAUGAAUUUUUCUUUCUUUAAUUGUCCUAAUUCCUUGAUUUCUGUAAAUUCCAACAACUUUCUGAAUUCCCAGAACUCCCUAAAUUCACUGAACCACUUGAAUUCUGAUAAGUGAAUUCAAAGAAUUUUUUCAACUCCUUCAAUUCUCUCAAUUCCUUAAAACCUCUGAAAUCUCUUAUUUCUUUAAAUUCUUUGAAUUUACUGAAUUUUUGAAAUUCUUAGAAUUCUCUAAAUUCCUUGAAUAAUCUGAAUUCUAUGAAUUCCUUGCAUUCUCUGAUUUCCUCCAAUUCUUUGACUUCUAUGAAUUUCUUGAAUUCUCUAAAUUCUCUCAAAUUUAUGAAUUCUUUGAAUUACUCUAAUUUGCUGAAUUCCUCGAAUUUACUGAAUGUCUCGAAUUUGCUGAACACACUGAAUUCCUUAUAUUCUCGAAAUUCCUGUCAUAAUU